AUGAAUAAGAGGAAAUCUUAUCGUUACAUAAAUGAAAAGCAGACAGUCAAGAGCAAUGUUAGCCCAUUAAUGAAUGAAGGUGGGGAUACUGUCAAUGACUGUGGAGAAACGACAGACAUGGGUUACAUGAUGGAGAACCGUAUCCCCGGGCUGAAAUGUGACUCUGAUGUAUUCGUAACCUUUGAGGGUGACAAUGUUGUGAUGUUACAGGUGGUUGUGCGUGAACUUUUAGCUCAAUAUGCAAGACAGUAUGAAGAGAAGCCUGUGAUUGGACUGCUAAGAAACUGGACCGGUGCUGUGGCUGACAGUUUAAGAACCAGUAUCCUAGCGUUUAGCACAGAGACGGUGGGUAGUCUGAGCUUCUUACUGAAAGCACUAAAUUACCGAGAGAGAAUCCUUCAACGCAGUUUGGCAGCCAGACUCCACAGUAAGGUAACGAAAAGAAAGGAAGAGCCUUUCAGUGCCUGGAACUCAUGCCUCCACCAUGUCACUUACCUUGCACUGGCUCACAUUCAUCGAGUGACCUUAGAACAGUUCUGGAAAGCAGUGGAACAGUGCCCAGUCCCAGAAGACCAAGCUUUGCUGAAGAAGUUUUGCCUUUUGCAUGGAACUAACCUCCUUUACCAAGAACGGGCUUGGUAUCUAGAACACAAAUAUCUCACACCAGCAACAAGCGUGCAGAUAAGGAACCAGCUAACUGAACUGUGUUGCUCGGUGAAGGAGGAUGCUUUGACCGUGCUGUCAGCUUUCAACAUCCCCAGCGCCACCGUCCACGCUCCGAUCGCCGGCAUCGCCAGCCCGCGGGCAACUUGGGCAUUUUACCCUCAACCUCAAGCCAAAGCGACGCUCUCCGCCCGAGCCAGACUGUAAAGAACCGCGCCGUGCCAAGCCCACAUUUUUCUACACAGAGGAUCCUUCACCCACUUCCAACAUCAUUUUCCAUUUUUUAAAAAAAAAGACUGUAAUAUAAUCAUGUUAUUAACAAUCAAAAUAGCAUGAAAUCGGUUGAUUGCCUCCCCCACCCCUCACCUCCAGAAAUCAUCCUUAUUGGAAUUGUAUUUUUGUGAUAUAAUGGGAAUCAAAAAUAAAUUUUAAAAUAAAUACA